AUGAAAACAGAACAGUUGAUGCCACUGUUACACUGUCGCGCUCGACGACGUUUAUCACGUGGUCUCAAACGCAAACCCAUGGCUUUGAUCAAGCGUUUACGCAAAGCCAAAAAAGAAACAGCAGAAUUAGAAAAGCCGCAAGCAGUGAAAACCCAUUUACGUAAUAUGAUCAUUGUACCUGAAAUGGUCGGUAGCGUUGUUGGCGUUCAUCAAGGCAAAACAUUUAACUCAGUGGAAAUCAAGCCUGAAAUGGUUGGACAUUAUCUCGGAGAAUUUUCCAUCACAUACAAACCGGUGAAACAUGGUCGACCCGGUAUUGGUGCCACCCACUCGUCUCGUUUUAUUCCAUUGAAGUAG